GCAAGCAAUAGCUAUAAUGUAAUACAAAUGCUGAGUUAUUUUAUAAAAACAACAUCUCCUUAUCAUAUCAAAGUACAUUUAUUAUGCAAUGUUUCUUCCUCCGUUUGCUUCCUCCACCCGCAUCUCACCGGCAGUAUCCGAUGUAUCACGCCCGAAACUAACAACAACCAGCAUUCACAUUAUGGCCUUAGACGGAAUCGUCAACGCAAAUUCGCUAUUCACAUUAGCACUCUUCCUCGGCAUCACAUCCACCAACACCAACAGCACUCUAAUCGGAGACAACCCUGCCUGCAUAGCUGGACCCUCUGUCGCGGAGAGCCUCAUGGCCUACCAUGUCUACUCCUUCAGCUCCUUCCUUUUCUCAAGCCUCAUUGCUUUGGCUAUCAAAAACGUCAUCAGCAUCAGCAAGGGCAUUGAUGGAGCUGUUGCUACCAAUAACUUGGUGCAUGGUUAUGAGUUAGCUGGGGAAGUUAACACUGUUGCUUUGAGGCUUGGAACUUUGGUUUCGGCUUUUGGAUCGGUUUUUGGAUGUGGGUUUUUGGUUAUGGCUUUGGUUGAUUUGGUGCAGAUUAAGUUGGGAACUUUGGCUUGUGGGAGUCAUUAUACUUUGUAUGCUAUUGCUCCUUUGCUUAUUCUUGUUCCUUUUGCAUUACUUAUAUAUGUUAUUCUUGUUCUCUAUGCUUUUACUCGUUAGUGCUAUCACUCCAAGCAUGUAUAUAUAGGAAGAUGUUUAUAUUGUUGUUAACAAUCAGGGGAUUAAUCAAAUAUGUAUAUUAUGAUCAUUGAAACCUGAAUUGGCAAUGUGGAUUACAUUUUGUGUAGUCAA